CCGACCCCGUCCAAGUUAUCGAGGAUUCCCCACACCAUCCUCCGCUCCCUAGGUCGGCUUCGAAUCCGAAGCCGAAGGGUAUCUUGAAGAACCCACUGCCUUCCCCCGCGAUUGCGCAGACCGGAGGACACAGCCUACAAUGGGACGAGGAGAACCUAGCCCUAACAGAGAUCCAGAAGGAUAGUUUGAUGAAGAUUACAGAGCCCAAGACACCUUUCGUACGAUAUAACGCCGAAACCGACACCGUAGAGGGAGAUAUUCCCGACCUGGAUCUUUAUGGGCGAUACAAAUACCCGAAUUCGCCUGGCGCCAGUACACAAUCGCCCACGUCAGAGGAGCCCGAGACGUCCUCGCGGCGAACGUCUUUAUCCAGCAAUGGACAACGACCCUCGUUGUCCAACAGAUCAGGGAGCGCAAGCUCCAGUAGGAGCACCAGUUUCAAUCUCCCAGACGAAGCUCGGCGAGGAAUCAGAGCGGACCGAAGAGAGCGUGGUGAGGAGGUUGAAGAGGACGAGAUGAUGGACGAGGAAGCUGCUGCCAAGCACGCCGAGUUUGUGAGAGCCAGGGGCAGGCACUAUUCCAACGAGGCCGAGGCCAUGAAGAGGGCGCAACAACUCAUGGAAGAGGAGGACUUGGACGAGGACUCCUCUGUCGCUGAUGCCCAGAGCGAUGUUGUUUCUAUGGAGGAAGAUGCGGAUAACCGUGAAACCCAUCGUCGAUGAGUUCGUUUCCCGGGUUCCGGGGGAAGCGCCAUGGUAUAAUUAACCGCUUGAUGAGACCGUCCGCUUGCAUCAGCUUUGCUCCCACCUCAGCUGUGCUCUCACCAAGCCGCAUGUAUUCAUAUAGGCCUCGAUCGCUUGCGUCGUUUAGUAUGUACUCGAACCCACUGCUGGAUGCACACAGGCAAGACGGAGUGUCGACUUC